AUGUCAAAUCGUGCUCACGCGCCGCCGCCGCGGCCACUGUACAAGCAGCAGUCGUGGUCGCCGGACAUGCUCCGGGACGAGGCGUGGCAGCGGAGGAAGGACAACCACCAAGUGAGCGGCGAGAACCGCCGUCGCCACCGGCUGAGCAAGAGCCUGUCGGAGGACGACUUGGAAGAACUGAAGGCGUGCAUCGACCUAGGGUUUGGUUUCGAUUCGCCCGAAAUUGACCCGAAACUGUCGAAUACCAUCCCCGCUUUGGAGUUGUACCUUGCUGUUAAUAAACAGUACAACCAGCACAGUUUCUCUAGGUCCUCCUCUUCGUCGUCCCUUCAAUCCGAUAGCGACACUUCUAGCCCCACCACCAUAUUCAAUCCAGGGGAUGAUUUGGCUGUGAAGAAGACUCGGUUGAAGCAAUGGGCGCAGGUUGUUGCCUGUGCUGUGCGGGAAUCUUCGUCAUCUUCGGGUUCAUUCCUUUCCGACCAUGUUAAUUAA